CUAAACAAUUUUUGUUGAAUAUCCGAUCUGUCUCUCACUCUCUACAGUUGUUCCACAGUUUUAUUAUAUAUAUAUAUGCUUUUACUGUAUCGAUAAUGGAGGAUAAAAGUAUUAUUUCAAACGAGUUGAAGUACGCCGACUUGGCACAAAACGGUAUUCAAGAAACAAUCGAUAACCUUCACAAUCAGGCAUCUUCGAUUCUGCAUUUGAGUCUUCAAUGGAAGGACUUGGGCCGACACUUCUCUGCCAUUUGCGAUUCGGUCGAGUCUCGGUACAGAGAGCUCGAAGAAAGAGAGAAGGACCUCGAGUUGCGCCGGGAGUCGCUCGAGAGGAGGUCUCGUGAGGUUGAGGGGAGAGAGAGGGAGUUUGACUUGAGAUGGAGGAGGGAACUUGAGGAGGUGAGGGGCGAGAGUGAGAGGGUGGCCGAAACGGCGAGAGGGCUUGAUAGUGUGAAGCUGGAUGUUGAGGGCAAGUUGAGAGAGCUCAGAGAAGAGGAGUCGAGGCUGAAGGGUAUCCUUAAAGCAAUAGAGGACCGAGGUGAGGAGUUGAAGGUGAUUGAGAGGGGACUGAAGGAGAGAAGUAGUGAGUUUGUGCUCAAGGAGAUGGAACUCACUGAAUGUUUACUGGAGUUCAAUUUGGAAGAGGGGAGAUUCAAGGAAAAAGAGAGGGAGCUUGGGUUGAUGGAAAAGAAUUACCAAGGAAGGAUCAGCGAGCUUGAGCAUAGAGAGAAGCGGUUUGAAAUGAUAAAGGAAAAUUUUGAUUCAAAAGAGGAUCGAUUAGAGCGGGAACAGAGAAGAUUCAAGGAGCGAAAGAGAAAGUUUGAAAGGAGAUUAAGAGAUCUGGAAUCAAAUAAGAAGCGAUAUGAUAGACAAGAGGAGGAAUUAUGGGAGAGAAAGAGGGUGUUGGAGAUGAAAGAACAACGAGUUGAGGAAAGGAGCAGAGUCCUUGAACAGGCUGAGAAGGAGUCUGCAAAGAGAAUCGAAGAAUUGGAAUCGAGAGAGAGGCAAUUGAAUGAGCGAUGCAAGGACCUUGAACUGAAAAAGGAACAAUGUGAACAAAUUUAUCAAGCAUGUAAAACAAACAUGGAACCCAUUGGAUAUCCUUAUGUUGAACCUGAAUGUAAAAAAGGAAAAUUUUGUAGUACCCCUGAUAACAGAGAUAAGAAUGGUGUAGAUGGUUCAAUGGAUGCCGAUCUCCAUUUUUGUGUCACUAUGGAUGGAAAGGCCUUGCAAAUCUUUCUUAAUGAGCGCUCGAAAGAUCAUGAUAUAAUGCGCGAUGAAGUAUUUGUGGCUCUUCAAUUAUCUUCUAAUCCAGCAAAGCUUGUUUUGGAUGCAAUGCAAUGGUUCUAUCCUCCUCAUUUGAAGAGGGAAGAUACGGAGUACGACGAAAAUGUUGUUAGGAGGAGUUGCAUUAUCUUGUUAGAGCAACUGAGGAAAAUUUCACCUCCAAUCAUGCCCAAUGUAAGGAAUGAGGCGAUGAAACUUGCGUUUAACUGGAUCACUCGAAUGAGAGUGGACGAAGAGCAUUCUUUGCAGGUUUUAGGUUUCUUGCUACUUUUGGCUUCUUAUGGACUGGCCUUUGCAUUUGACUCUGAUGAGCUCUUAUCCUACAUGGAGGUUGUCGCUCGACACAGCCAGGCUCCUGAAAUAUUGCGCGCUCUUGGUCUUGCAGACAAGAUCCAUGAUGUUAUUCAAAAUUUUAUUUUCAAGGAGCAGAAUCCUGCAGCUGUCAGAUUUAUUUGUGCAUUUGAGCUGGAAAAUGAGUUCCCUCCAGUGCCCCUGCUAAGAAAAUGCAUAUAUAGUUGCAAGAAGCUUAGUAGAAACUUGAACAGUAAGGACCACAUAUCUCUUCAAGAACAGGAUGAGGCCUCAAAGAGAAGACUAGAUGAUUUGAAGGGUCUGGUCAAAUGCAUAGAAAAGCACAAGCUUGAAUCUGAUUUCUCCUUUAAGAUCCUUAAAGAAGCCGUUGCAAUGUUGGAUGAGAGAAUCAACAAUGGCGAGCCAAUUUUGCCACACCUUGGAGAAAUUGGUAGGAAUGCUCAACUUCUAGUUCUAGAUGAGGAAAUGUGUAUAACUCCUGCCCUUGGCCCAGAAGUUUCUUCUAUGCCAGCAUACACUGUUGUCACCUCCCGGACAAUCAGCCCAGAUGCUGCUGCACCUCCAUCCAACGCUGCAUUCCAGCUUGACAGAUGUAGCGAUUGUCCUAGGGAUGUUGAUACAGUAGAAGAUUAUCUGAAUUCAAAUGAUGGUGCUGCCCCAACUGUUCCCUCAGUUCGAAUAACCUGCCUAUCACCGACAAUCUUUCCUACUGGCCAAGGAAAUGCUGCUGAGGUAUUUGGGACCUCUAGACCUGAAGAGAAAGUUAAUCUACUUAUGAACGUGACUGGUGGGAAUGCAGGUGAUGCAGCCAAGCCCAAGGAAUCAGGCACUUCAAACAGCAUGGGUAGAAAGAGGAGGAGGAAGUCAGCGGAGGAAUCUGGUGAUAGUUUCGAGAUUGGUAUUAGGGGUGACAAUGUAUGUACGUGUAAUGAAGAAAAUAGUGAUGAUGGCUCCAGCCAUCAACCAAUACAAUCUAGGAGGCAAAAUCAGGAUUUUUGUUAUAUGAGCUGUCCAACGAUGAAAAGAAGGAACAGAUCAUCCACCAGCAGGGAAGAGAAGAAUGAAGCUACACUAGAUGAUGGGGCGCAUGAGAAAUAUGUGAAACAAAAGGCAAGUACCCCUCUUAAAGAAAUCUCACCAAACGAGAAAAGCGGAACUGGGGAAGGUGAAGGCAAGGAUGAGACUCUUACCCUUGCAAGUUACAAGUACGGGGAUGAUUCUGAACAGAAUGAUAACUUCACCAAAGAGCCAGUGGUGGUUGAAUUUCCUGAUCCAGAAUUUAGUGAUUUUGACAAAGGGAAAGGAAAAAACUGCUUUGCUGUUAAUCAAAUAUGGGCUGUUUAUGAUGAGAGAGACUGCAUGCCGAGAUAUUACGCUCGUGUCAAGAAGAUCUUCUCACCUGGUUUUAGGUUACAGAUAAGUUGGCUGGAGCCUAAUCCAGAUGAUGAAGUUGAGCAAGAGUGGCAUGAAACUGACUUGCCAGUUGCUUGUGGUAAGUAUGCUACAGGUUCUACUGAAGAAACCGUUGAUUUUCCAAUGUUUUCUCAUCAAAUGUAUGUAAAACGCACUGGCGGAGGUUCAUAUUUGAUAUAUCCCAGGAAGGGAGAAACUUGGGCCAUCUUUAAAAAUUGGAAUAUAAAUUGGAGAUCUGAACCUAAAAACCAUAAACCACCCAAUCAAGUCGAGUAUGUGGAGAUCCUGUCUGAUUUUUCUGAGAAUUUUGGCAUUGCAGUUGCUUAUUUGUGGAAGUUGAAAGGGUUUGUUAGUCUGUUUCAGCGAACUGACGAGCUUGAGGUUAUUCCAAGAGAACACCUUUACAAGUUUUCACACCAUAUUCCCUCAUUUACAAUGACUGGCAAGGAGAAAGAAGGUGUUCCUGUCGGGUCUUUUGAACUUGAUCCUGCUUGUCUGUUACCCGAUCCUGAGCUUGGCAUUCCUGGUGAAGAAAUGGUGGAAAAAGAAAGCUUGGAGGCUGAGACAAACCAAACAAGCUAACGUCCCGUUCCCCUUUGAUAUCAGGUAUUGUAUGUUGCAAUUUGUCCCCUUAGGUUUCUUAUACAGCAUUUGUGGGAAUGCUAUAUGGUAGACCGGUAAAUUGUGUCUCUGCCAACAAAUUUUUGUUUGGUUUCAGAUCUGUUGUAAGUUUAAGGUGUGUGAUAAAUGACAUCUUGAAUUUGGAUUUGGACAAAUAUUGCCAAAGCUUAUACAGCAUCUUGCCUCUCUCUUAAGGAAAAACCUGAAUUCCUGAAUGCAGAAGCCAGAAGCCAGAAUGCAGCUUCUUCCAAUUUAUAGAUUUCCUUGUUCAUGGAGAAAUCUGUGGUUAGGUAUGAGGUGUUUAUAGGGAGAGAAGACUGGUUUCCUAAGCUAGUUUUGACAAGAACUCCACCUUUCGUCGAAGGUAUGAGUGUCCUGCAUGAAAAUUGUCUUGUUUAUUUGUUUAUAAAUGUUUCCGGUUAAACUGGUUCUUCAAUGCAUGCAAUAGCUAAUUAAAAUGCUCUC